ACUUUACAACAAACAUAUAGUGUUGACCUUCUUACUUUACUUUAUCUGCAUCUGGGUUUCUUCAGAUAAUAUAUAUAGACAUGGAUCAAAUCGUAAACGUGAAUGAGUUUCAAGAGCUGGCGAAACGUGCUCUCCCUAAGAUGUACUAUGACUACUAUAGCGGAGGAGCAGAGGAUCAGCACACUCUCAAGGAAAAUGUGGCAGCUUUCACUAGAAUCAUGUUUAGGCCUCGGGUUCUCGUUGAUGUGAGCAAGAUAGAUAUGUCUACAAGCAUAUUGGGUUACCCUAUCUCAGCUCCUAUCAUGAUUGCUCCAACAGGAAGUCAUAUGUUUGCUCAUCCAGAAGGAGAAACUGUUACUGCGAAAGCUGCGGCUGCGUGUAACACUAUCAUGAUGGUAUCAUGUAUGUCUUCAUGCACUCUUGAGGAGGUUGCGUCCAGUUGCAACGCGGUUCGGUUUCUUCAAUUAUAUGUGUUCGAGAGACGUGAUGUAACUGCUAAAGUGGUUAAAAGAGCUGAGAAAGCUGGAUACAAGGCCAUAGUAUUGACUGUUGAUGUUCCCAAACUUGGUAGAAGGGAAGCAGAUAUAAAGAACAAAAUGAUAGCCCCUAAGCUGAGGAACUUCGAAGGUUUAUUUUCAACCCAAGUCAAACCUAGUGAUGGAUCAGGGAUUGAAGCCUUUGCCUCUCGUGCCCUUGAUGCUUCGUUAAAAUGGAAGGACAUGGAGUGGUUAAGAUCUAUUACAAAGUUGCCAAUACUAAUCAAAGGAAUACUCACCCGUGAAGACGCUCUUAAGGCUGUUGAAGCCGGUGUAGAUGGAAUAGUUGUAUCCAACCAUGGGGCUCGUCAGCUUGACUAUUCUCCAGCUACGAUAACGGUUGUUCAUGUGGUUAAAGGUAGGAUUCCGGUUCUGCUUGAUGGAGGAGUGAGACGAGGAACAGAUGUUUUCAAAGCGCUGGCACUAGGAGCUCAAGCUGUUCUUAUAGGGAGGCCUGUAGUCUAUGGGCUUGCAGCAAAGGGUGAAGAUGGAGUGAAGAAAGUGAUUGAGAUGUUGAAGAAUGAGUUUGAGUUAACUAUGGCACUUUCUGGUUGUCCUACCAUUAGUGACAUUACCAGAAACCAUGUUAGGACUGAAGAUGAGAGACUUAAAUCUAUGCUCUGAUCCUUUUAAAAAGAAAAAAAGAAGCUGAGAGAUCUGGUCUCAGACACUGAAUCAGUUGAACAAACAAUAUCAAAUACUCUGUCAGACUUGAUUAUUUGGUCUGUAUUUAAACAUAUUGAUAAAAAUAUUGGUCUUAGAGUGUAAAAAAAGUGAUGAGUUACUU